AUGCAGGCGCCGGAAUUUACACUCAUCGUUGCCGCCACGCGAAGCAUGGGCAUUGGCCUCAACGGCACGAUGCCCUGGCAAGGUCUUCGCAAAGAGAUGCAGUACUUUGCACGCGUGACAACCAGACUGCCACCACAGGCCGUGCCUGGCUCGGUCAACGCCGUCAUAAUGGGCCGAAAGACAUGGGACUCGAUCCCUCCCAAGUUCCGCCCGCUCAAAGACCGGCUCAACAUCGUCGUCACCCGCUCCGCGCCGCCCGUCGCGUCGCCUGAGCUGCCCCUCGAGGACGCCGUGCGCAUCUCGUCGCUCGACGGGGCCCUGGCGUACGCGCGGGCGCGCUGUGCGGGCGGGCGCGUCUUCGUGAUGGGCGGGGCGCAGAUCUACGAGGCGGCGCUGCGCCGGCCCGGGGCGAGGAGGGUGCUGCUGACGUGCAUCGACCGCGAGUAUGGGUGCGACACCUUCUUCCCGCUGGAUCUGACGGGCAAUACAGACGUGGGCUGGACGCGGAGGCAGCGGGAGGAGCUGGAGGGGUGGACUGGCGAGCAGGUGGAGGAGGGCUGGCAUGAGGAAGCUGGGACCAGGUAUCAGUUCCAGAUGUGGGAGAAGAAUCUUCGAUAG